AUGAGCUCAUUAGAAUCGGUAAUCAGGCUUGACAAUCAAAUGGAUCUCGAUCCGCUUAGUGAAAAGGAUUUUAACAUCACCACCUCGCUGAGAGAAAUUCUUACCCGUAAAUUAACCAAAGGUCAGUUGACCACCAGCGAAGUGUUGGAAGCUUUCAUAAAACGGCCUGUGGUCGAUGGGGCCAGAACACGGGCCCUGUACCUCGAAGGUGUGCGGUCCAAGUUGAAGGAAACAGAUAGGCUCUCUAGCCAACAAUUGCAGAUGCUUUCGCAGCUAUACUAUAGAGAGCAGGCCAAUUCGCGGGUUCCCCGGAUUCGUGUGUCGGAAAGAUAGAUAGGAUAUGACAUUUAAUUUAUAGGAAUAGAGGUUUUAGAUAAUUC